AUGUCUACUGAGGAUAGGACUGUCGCGCAGAAGGUCUUGCAGAACAAUAAGGAUCACCAGUACGCUCUCAAAGUCUAUACGGAACGAUUAGAGGCUGAGCUUCAGACAGUUGACAAAUUCCUGGCACUUGCAGAUGUGGAAGAUGAAGCCGAAGAGGACAAUCAGCCUGAAGGUCAAGGCUCGAUUCAAAUCCCAGGCGCAAUAAGACCCUUGGGCGUUCUGUCUGCUUCAGAACUUCUUUCUGAGAGCUCCCCAUUCUACGAUGAUAGUGCUAGACGCCAACGAUACCUCACGGCCACCGAAUCUCAUCCUAUGAGUCUCAAGGAACAUGAGGCGUUGGCGGAGGCCAUACGCAUGGAGAACUAUCGCUUGUACGCCUAUGAGGCCCAAAGACGUGGAUUACCACCUUUCUUCAGCGCACACGAUCAGCCUCAAAAUUUAGAAUUGAACAAGGACGGGAUUGAUUGGGAUCGUGUUGCAGACAAGGUCAACACGAGUCUUGGAUCCACCGGUACACGGACUGCCUUGGAAUGCCAGAUACGAUGGCUCGGAAAUCGGCACCCUCAGUAUAAUCAUACCCAGUGGACGUUUCAAGAGGUGACUAAGGCCAAGGCUCUCAUUGCCGAUAUUCCUCGAGGUCAAAUCGACUGGAUUGACAUAGCAGACCAGCUUGGAACCCAGCGCACUGCAAUGGAUGUUAUGCGGCGUGCAGUUCCGAGGGCCGUCCAUGUAUGGGACAGAGAUGCUGACGAACGCCUCUUGGACGCCGUCAAGGUCUACGGAGUGGAGAAUUGGUCCCUAGUGGCCCGGCAGGUAUCCGAGGAUGUCACCCCUGCACAAUGCCAAAAUAGAUAUUAUCGGUCACUUGAUCCAUCUCUCAGGCGGGGUAAUUGGGUAGACGAAGAGGAUACUCGUUUACGACAAGCCGUCGCUCUUUUCGGAAACUCGUGGGUUGACGUUGCGUCCGUCAUGCCAGGCCGCAACAACGAGCAAUGCCGAGAUAGGUGGUCCGAGCGUCUUAACCCGAAUGUCGCGAAGGGCAAAUGGACUCCGGAAGAAGAUGCGAAAAUGCUUGCCGCUGUCGAGGAGUUGGGAGACGCUACUUGGAAGGCUGUCAGCGAAAAGCUUGGGACUGGUCGGACAGAUAAUAUGUGCCGCCAUCGAUAUCAGCUAAUAACGAAGAAACGUAGAGAGAAACCCACGUCUAUCGCUGGUGAACACGCAAAAACGCCCAGUCCGCAUACUAAUACUACAGAAGCACCCAACAUCGCCUCGACAUCGACAGCCAUUCCUCAGCAAGCGCCUGCGGCAGGCGUAAGUCCCUCUGAGGUCGACAUAAUCAGUGACGAACCCCCUCCUGUUCGCAAGCGUAAACCUCGCGCCCGUCCAAUCAACAAAAUCCCCGCCGCAGAGCUCGCGGAAAAAAGAGCAGCGCUUCCCGUGGGCGCUUCAUCUGCGACCAUGUUGGUUGAGCCUGCUACACAAGCCGCUUCUAAGCCUCGCGCCAGACGUCGCAGGCCGAAGCAAGUUGACGCCACAGUCCCCGAUACUCCCACCGACGAGGCCACAAUCCCUGAGACUGCUGAUCCCGAGGUCGCAUCAGCAGAAGAUCCGUCUCCACCUGUUGUACCUCCUCGCCCUCUCCCGCGUCCUCGUGCACGUCCCCGCAAGAAGGUCGCAGAGCCGUCUGAGGUAUCCCAACCUGGUCCUUCCGGUGGGUCCAAUAACGGUGGGCCCAGCCAAGCGACGCCACACCCAGCGGUUUUUACCAACAUCUCACACGUGGGAGCAGAUUCAGACGAAGGGCUCGCUACUCCACAAACUGGUACACUGGCCCAGCAUGAAGAAGAAUCCAUUGUUCUGCCCCAUCCUCGGUCCUCUAAAUCAAAGGGAAAGAAGAAAGCGGAUCCUCCCUCGCUUAACCCCACUGCACUCUCUGCAGACACUUCGAAGGCCGGUCGAAAAUCCCGAAAACGGCCAGCCCCCGAUGAAACAAUCCUUCCGAACUCUGAGCCUCCUAAACGACGACGAGUCCCUUCACGCGGGGCAGAACUUUCUGCGAAUACAGGUAGCUCUGCAGACAUAUUGCCUAGCCACGAUGACACUCAGAACGCUGACGACAGAAGUGUUGUUGCUGAACAACCGUCUUCACCGCCUUCCCCACGCAAGGGGAAAACGCCACGGAAAACAGCCACCGCACCUACUCGUAGGCAACCUUCGAGGGGUGUACGAGGGACUGCAGCGUCCGAUCUCAAUUCGACGGAGGCUCCGUCUAGUGGCAACAAACACGACAUGACCGAGCUCUCUGACCUGUCGUCGGUCGAGUAGAAUACCCAGAGAAUACAUUGUCACUUUGCUGGGAGCCAGUAACAGCAUCGUGUUAAUCCGAAAAGAUGCUGUAUGGUCAUAUGUAUGUAACGCAUAGCAAUGCGAGGGCAGAUGCCGCAAUAAAAAUACAAGAUC